ACCGUGGACAGGUAAGCGGGUAGGACUAGUGAUUGGGCGCUAUUUAGUGUAGGCUAUUUGAUCGGAGUAACCUAAUGUAAAACGUUUCCUUCUAAUUACAUUGUCAUACAUUUGAUCUCCGGCCUGAAAGCUACAGAAAAGGCCACAUACUCUUUCUACCAUAUGCUAUAUCUGCUACAUGAUUUACGUUAGAUUCGUGUUUUGACUGAAUGUUGGUGGAGCUCUGCAGCGAUACGUCUCUCCAACAGCACCCUGGAGAGGCGGCUGGGACUGGACAUGAUAAAUAGUUUUGUGGGCACUGCUUAUCACAGGGCGGCAUCAGCGCUCACCUAAAAAGCCCAUAUGCCACUGGUUGAGAUAAACUGUCGUUGAUUUUCGGCAGAAUUAUGUGAGCUUUUAUCUGUUGUUAGAGGUACGUCUUUGUCAGUUUAGCUCAGAAAAUGCAGUCUUCGUCAAUCUGCCGCCAUAGACGGCCGCCUGCUGCCUAAUUAUUCAAAUGAGGGGUAGAACCUUGGCAAAACUCCAUCAGUAUGACGCGUUUUUCCGGCGACUACCAUCCCGAAGCAACAUGGAACCCCACAGUUGUGACAAGCGUGGUCUUGAGCAUUUAGACGAAUAUGAACCCAAACCAGCAAAACAUAUGCGUAGCCUGCACGAUCGUAUGGUGGAAAGGCGACUAGUAGUUAUUUUAGAGGGGGCAACGCUGGAAACAGUGAAGGUUGGCAAGACAUUUGAACUGCUGAACUGUGACCAACACAAGGGCAUGAUCAUCAAAAGUGGACGGGACCCAGGGAAGAUUCGACCUGACAUUACACAUCAGUGUUUGUUGAUGCUGAUGGACAGUCCAUUGAACAGGGCAGGUCUCCUGCAGGUUUACAUCCACACAGAGAGGAACGCCCUGAUUGAGAUCAACCCACAGACACGCAUCCCCCGAACCUUCAACCGCUUCUGUGGCCUCAUGGUCCAGCUCCUGCACAAGCUGAGUGUGAGGGCGGCUGACGGCCCCCAGCGCUUGCUGAAGCUCAUCAAGAACCCUGUGUCAGACCACCUGCCCCCUGGCUGCCCCCGUAUUUGUACCUCCUUCUCCUCUGGGGAGGCAGUGGGCGCCCGCACCGUGGUACCAGAGGAGGGGCCCGCCACUGUGGUGGUCGGAGCAUUUGCACACGGAGCGGUGAAUGUGGACUACACAGAGAAGACUGUUUCCAUCAGUAACUACCCUCUCUCUGCUGCCCUCACCUGUGCCAAGAUGUGCUCUGCCUUUGAGGAGGUCUGGGGCGUGUUGUGAUGAAGUUGACAGCGCACUGCUGCUCCAGCUAAAAAGGUUGUCAACAUGAACAUUGUCUUACAGGGACUAGAAAUGGAUUGGACAGUCACGUUCAGUGAAGGAACAUUGUACAGAAACGGUCCAUUUCACCAAUUACCUCCUGUGGAUUUGUACGAUACUAUGGGUGUAUGUAUUGUGUGUAAAAUAUGGUAUUUUACAUGUCUUAAUUAAGGUAGUUUCAAUAUGAAAUGAAUACUGUUUUGAAUACACCAUCUGUAAGGACUUGGCACCAAAUAUGGUCUUCCUACUAUUUUUUGUACAUGUAUCCAGUGCAUCAUUGUUCCCAUGGUUAUACAGUGGAAAUAAUCUAUGGUUUGUCCUCUGGUUUCUGUUGUUCCUUGUCAAAGAGACUGUAGGGAACAAAACAAUUUAACACAUGAUGGGGACAAAAAUCAUGUUUUCAUGUAAUAUUGGUCAAAUAAUCACUCAAUAUACACUACUGUUCAAAACUUUGGGGUCACUUAAAUGUCUUUGUUUUUGAAAGAAAAGCAAAUGUUUUGUCCAUUUUAAAUAAAAUAACAUCAAAUUGAUCAGAAAUAUAGGUUACUAUAUCCGUGGCUUUGUAUUGCGGGUUACAACCAUUUUACGAGUUUUCUGAUUGGCUGCUUUCAAGGACUUCCCUGCAGGUUUCGGGAAUUUGUAGCCUGUUUUUUGGACCUUGGCUGGUGAUUUUGAUGCUUGUCCUGCUGGUUUGUGGCUUUUGCCUAUUUGUUUUGGUCUAUCUCCUAUUUCCCUUUGACCUUUUCCUACAACUGUUUUGUUCUUGUCUGCUGGUUGAGCUGUUUUUCUUGCUGGUUUAGUUGUUUUUGUUCCUGGUUUCAGAGCUUUUCCUGCUGGUUUAGUAGUUUUUGCUCCUGGUUUCUGGCCUUUUCCUGUUGGUUUCAAGGCCUUUCCUUUCUCUGCUGCUGGCUUCAAAAUUCCUUUUUUCUGCUUGGCCCUCUCAGCUGCUGCACGGUCUCUCUGCUUGGCCCUCUCAGCUGCUGCACGGUCUCUCAUGGCUCUUGUCUUAACUCUCUUCUCAUACGUCAGUUUCUGUAGUUUUUAGAACAGGAGACGAGAGAGAAACAUCUGCAUAAUUCAAAAUUCCCAAAUAACAGCUUGUGGUUUGACAAUGACAACUUGAGAACCUUUUAUCAAUGAAGUAUGCAUCAUGGUGCAAUUUGCUUCCUACUCAGGUGAAAUGAGCCAGUGGAAAAUCAAACUGCCAAAGAGCUAAAACAAAAAAAACAUAGACAAAAAUGUAUUACUUAAACAGUUACCUUGUUGAGUUUAAAUGACCCAGAUGCACCAACUCCAGUAGUCUGCACCAGUGUCUCCUUCCUCACCAGGCCUUUCACAGCUAAGUUCACACGGGUAUUGUUCUUGGUGACAUCAUAGCCACCAGCAGCCAGGGCAUGCUUGAGGUCCACCAUGGAGAUGCCACCCCGGUGCUUGCACUGGGAGACUACCCGAAGGAUGAGCUGGGAGACCCGGGUAGCCACACGCCUUGCAUCGUUGGUUUUGGGUGCAGAUGCAGCCUCUGCCUGGUACUUGAACAGGCGAACUGGGGUCGCUGGACAUAGAUUGAGAUGAAGAUGGGGAUACACUCAUUAGUUAUUCAAUAUUUUAUUUGACACAAACAUCACAUACUUCAAAAUUGCUUUUUGAAAAUCAUUAAGAUAUUGCAGUGACCUUAACCCAACACCUAGCGACCUGGUCAAGAGCUUUGGAUGUCUUGGCGCACCAGGUGUGUUGGGUUGACAGUCCUGGGUUCAAGACCCAUUUGUGACUACCCCCUGACUUUGCUGCAUUGGUGUUAGAAAUUAGAUAUCCCCUGGUUGCAGUCAUCAAGAGUGCAGGCGCCGCAAUUAACUGUAGUGAAGCACAAGAAUGUGCUCUCUGAAUGAUGGGGGUAGUGUAGCAACCUUGACCUAAAACCAAGUGACCUCGUCAAAAUGUUCCGAUCUCUUCGUGUAACAGCUAGGAGUUGACAAGAUGCCAUCCUGGCCCCGGUUCCCAGGUAACGUUAGCAUCCACCUCUAGCCCACACCGGCCAGAGGUUUGUUUAAAGACAAAACUCUUGUGGGUUUGUGCUACCUGGGAAUCGGGGCAACCCCCUGAAUUUGCUGCAAUAUGAUGCGCAAGCAAAUAUUGAACAAGCUAAAGAAAUUGGCUAGCUAGAUCACUCACUUGGCAAAGGCACUUUUUCGUAACCUGUAACAUUCUUCUUCUCUUGGAUUGCACGCUUCAAUAGCUGACCCAAACGUCUAGCCCCUGCUUUCCCAAGUCCCCGACCACCUGGGUUUUUUACUGGCUUCGUUUGCUGCUUCACGGGCGACUUGACCGGUGGUUUUACUGGCGGUUUACGUUUAACUUUCUCUUGUCCUCGGUUGAUUACUGUAACUGUUCCCUUUGAUUCUAUGUUAACUUUCCCUUUUCUCUCUUGUUUAACAUUUUCCUUUUUGCGGGCGUUUCUAGGCAUAUUGUUGAUUACAAGUUGUAGUCGAGCAAAUCACAAAGUAAAGAUAGCUAGCUAACGUUACUAUAUUUGGUUAAACAGUGAGUUGGGAAAGUGAGAUACGUUAGCGAACGAAAUGAUGACGUUUUAUCAAUUUCAAUUUACAAAAAACAACAAUAUCAGUUUUCAAACGGUCGUUCGAAAAAAAUGUUUUUUAAACGGUCGUUCGAUAAUUAUAUUGAACUCGGUCACCAGAAGCAAGAAAAUCAACAACAAGCCAGCAACCAACAUACACUGUAGGUUUGAGCUAGCUCCUCACUGCAAGCAAAGCUUAGGUGUGUGCGUGUACUGGUUGGUGGCGCUUAUUUGCGUAUAAUAAAACUACCGUCUGUGAGUGUCAUUGAAGGAGAACGAAACGUCUCCUCAAUAAAGUCGUGUGGUGCUUGGUUGGUA